GUAUUAACCUUUUGUGUCCGCGCCGCGACCCGUAGUUAACAGUCCCCGGCUGCUGCUCGGCGGCCUAAGCUCCUCAGGCUGGCUCGGCGGGCGCUCCUUCUUAUUUUCCGGCGGCCGCUCAGACACGAUGUAUAAAUUAGUCAAGGGGAGGUUUGGGUACGCCGUGCGGGCGGUGGGCGUGAGCCAGACCCGGUGGGUGCGGCAGAAGCUGUCCAGCCCCCAGGACCAGCAGGCGGUGAGGCAGGUGGUGGUGCCCAUAGCCAGGCACUUCAGCUCACUGCAGGCCACCCAAGGGGCCCUGCUGAAGCUGCCUGGGCCCAGCUAUGCCGCACCAACCCGGGGUAUCGGCAUGUUGGUGGCCAGGGUGCUGCGUGGGGCCUUGAAGAUCCGCUACCUCAUCCUGGGUGGCAGCAUAGCGGGAGGCAGUGCCCUUGCCAAGACAUAUGAACAGUGGAAGGAAGCCUUACCUGACACCAAGUUCCUAGAGGGCCUGCUUCCCUCACAGGAAGACUUAGACUCUGUUAGAGCUUCCCUUAUAUCAUACAGAGACAAGAUCAAGGAUGCUGUGCCAGAGUUCUCAUUAGACCCAAAGCUGUUGGAAGCUAGCGAGGAUCAGUACAACAGGCUGGCCAUGUGGUUCAAGGAGAGGCUUGAUGAUGCCAUACAAGCUGCAGAGGAAGAGAAAAGCAACAGCAGUGGCACCUCAUUCUUCCCUGAUGGCGAGACCCUAACCCUCUCCGGGAGGCCUCUUGCCCCCACGUCAUUGGUCAAAGACUUCUCCCCCGACCUGAAGCAACACGCCCUCUCCUUCACAGCCAUGGGUUCCUCAUCUGCAGAGAGGGAAAGGGAAAAAGCAGAGCUCCUCCGCUUGAGACUUUCCCAGCUUGAAGCAGAACUACAAGAAAAGACAGAAAGACUCUCAAAAGAGCUUUCCAGUGUUACUCAUGAGAAUGCUGAUCUCAGACAAAAAAUCCAAUCCAAUGACAACAUCAGGGAGAAAUAUGAAAGCCUGCAGGAGGAGCUAAUGCAGGUGCAGCUUAAGUACCAACGGGAGGUGGAGCGCCUCGAGAAGGAGAACAAGGAGCUCCGAAAGUCCCUUAUGCUGAGAGCCGGGGACACAGUUGCUCGGAAGAAGGUCAAAAAGUCUCUGAUUGACAUGUACAGUGAGGUGCUGGACGAGCUGUGUGACUAUGACAGCAGCUAUGACACCCAGGAUCACCUGCCGCGGGUGGUGGUGGUGGGCGACCAGAGCUCUGGCAAGACCUCAGUGCUGGAGAUGGUGGCUCAGGCACGCAUCUUCCCAAGGGGUGCAGGUGAGAUGAUGACCCGAGCGCCUGUUAUGGUGACGCUCAGCGAGGGGCCUUACCACAUUGCCUCUUUCAAGGAUUCCACCAGGGAGUUUGACCUCACCAAGGAAUCUGAAUUGGCUGAGCUGAGGAAAGAGGUUGAGCUGCGGAUGAGGAACAGCGUGAGGAAUGGCCGCACAGUGAGCCAUGAUGUGAUUUCCAUGACUGUUAAGGGACCCGGCCUACAGAGGAUGGUGCUGGUGGACCUGCCCGGGAUCAUCAGUACUGUAACCACGGACAUGGCCUCAGAUACACGGGAGGCUAUACGCACCAUUUCAGAGCAGUACAUGUCCAACCCAAACGCCAUCAUCCUGUGCAUCCAGGAUGGCUCAGUGGAUGCUGAACGCUCCAAUGUGACAGAUCUAGUGAGCCAGAUGGACCCCCAGGGCAAACGCACCAUUUUUGUCCUCACCAAGGUGGACCUGGCCGAGGAGAACUUGGCCAAUCCUGAUCGGAUAAGGAAAAUCCUGGCAGGUAAGCUGUUCCCCAUGCGUGCACUGGGCUACUUUGCGGUGGUGACAGGGCGCGGCAACCAGGAGGACUCCAUCCAGGCCAUUAAGGAUUAUGAGGAGGCCUUCUUCAGCAGCUCAAAGAUAUUCAAAGGUGGUGUGAUUAACAGCCACCAGUGCACAACCCGGAACCUGAGCUUCGCUGUGUCCGAGCGCUUCUGGAAGAUGGUGAGGGAUACAGUGGAGCAGCAGGCCGAUGCUUUCAAGGCCACCCGCUUCAACCUAGAGACAGAGUGGAAAAAUAACUUUCCUCGCACCCGUGAGCUGGACCGUGAUGAGCUGUUUGAGAAAGCACGUGGAGACAUUCUGGAUGAGGUGGUGAACCUAUCACAGGUGUCUCCCAAGCAGUGGGAGGAAGCACUCUCCAGGAAGCUUUGGGAGAAGAUGGUCACUUACAUAUUUGAGAGCAUCUACUUGCCUGCCGCACAGACUGACAGCUCAGGCACCUUCAACACCACAGCAGACAUUCGGCUGAAGCAGUGGGCAGACCAGAUGUUGCCCAAACGUUGUGUGGAGGUGGGCUGGGAGACACUACAGGACGAGUUCCGCAAGUUUAUUGAGCGCGCCAAGACCUCCAAGGACCAUGACACCAUCUUUGACAACCUUAAAGCAUGUGUGGUGGAUGAAGCCAUGAGGAGACAUGUUUGGGAAGACAAGGCUGCUGAUGUGCUGCGUGUCAUACAACUAAAUGCCCUGGAGGACCGCUCAGUCAGUGACAAACAGCAGUGGGACUCUGCCUGCCGCUUCCUGGAGGAGUCAGUGAAGGAGAAACUUACAGUGACAGAGAGCACACUAAGGGAGAUGGUUGGGCCAGGGACACGGGAACAGUGGCUCUACUGGACCUCCCCCACUGAAGAUCAGCGCAAGCGGGCAGCUGUGAAAACGGAACUAGAGAAACUGCUUGCCACUGAUUAUAGCCACAAGAACACACUGAAUUAUGAUGAGGUCACUGCUGUCAGAAAGAACACACAGAACAGUGGCAUUGACGUGGACAAUGAAUUCAUCAGAGAGACAUGGCACCCAGUGUACCGGCGUCACUUCCUUAGGCGGUCCCUGGCCAAAGCUUAUGACUGCCGCAAGUCCUUCUAUGCCUACCACCAAGGCCUAGAAGGGGAGCUAGGGGUGGAGUGCAACGAUGUGGUGCUGUUUUGGCGGAUUCAGCAGAUGAUCAAGAUAACGUCCAACGCCCUCCGCCAGCAGGUCAUGAACAGGGAAGCACGGCGGUUGGAGAAAGAGAUCAAGGAGGUGCUGGAGGAGUAUGGGUGUGACAGGGAGAAGAAGGAGCACCUGUUGACUGGCCGGAGAGUCUUGCUGGCCGAGGAGCUGAAAAGAGUACGGCAAAUUCAAGAGAAGCUUGAGGAGUUUAUCCACUCUCUGAAUGCUGAGAAGUGAAUGAGGGAGUAACGAAAAUGGACACACUUUUACUGACUAUUCAGCUCCAUGUUGGAGCUGUGAGCCAGCAUCCUUCAGCUGUAGAACUGUAGCAGUGCUAAGAUGCACACUGUACAGUACUAUUAAGACCAAAAAUUAAAGUUAUGACCAUAUGACCACACUUGACAAAUUAUAAAAUGUAUAUUGUUGAAAGUAAUUGUUACCUUUAUGUUGUUAUGAGAUGAAUGAAGAUGCCUGAGAGUGGACUGAUGAAAGUUUAUUAUGAAAUGACAACUUUCCGCCCCUUGCUAAUGGAAGCUAAAAUAACCAAGGAGGGCUUUUAUGUAAUGAGCAAAUAGAGUAACAUUACUAUAUUGAACAGUAAAAUGUUUUAGUUGAUAUAAAACCCUUUUUAUGAAUCAACGAAGUGCAAUAUGUUAUGUUAUGAAAACUUGCUUUUAUUUUAGAUUAAAAUAAACUUCUUGACAUCAACAUCAAUACUCUAACUUUGUGAACAUCUCAAAUAUUAACUUAAAAUGCUUUUAAAGUUGUUGUUUUUAAAAGACUACAAAUAUAAAUGCACUAAAUGAUCUGGUCAUAUGAAGAAAAUUCCACUCAAAGAAAAACAUCACUUCAAACCUCCUUGAAACUAACAUGAACAUAUAAUGCCAACCCACAUCAUUGAGGAGAUUUUUAAGUAUCUCUCCAUCAUGUAAAAGCUCUUUCAACACGCAGUGACUGAGGGUCUGCACAGCAUUUGCCUUCUGUAUACAAUAGCUGUCAUUACUACACAUUGAAGUAAUGUGUCCAUCCCAGUAAAAAAUGAGUUCCAACCUUUUCCUUUCAGUACUGCAUUUUUUUUCUAUAAAUUCUUGUUAUUCAAAUGCCCAGGAGAUGUAUUCUUUACUGCCAGAAUACAUUUGAGACUUGUCUUUUAGGUGCAAUAACAAUAGAUAUAACAGAACAAUGAACUUAAUGCAAGGACUUGUGUUGCAGGCAAUGUUAUUUUCAGCUUACUUCUACCUAGUCAUCUUCGUUUGUGUUUGUCCAAACUGUAUUAUAUGUCAGUGCUAAAACUAGAUUUUUUAAAGCUCUUUAGGGGUUAUCAGCAAUCUAGUUCCCUGUGGUGAAUCGUAACUUCUUUCAUUAUGGGACUCUCAUAUUAUACACUAUACCCAGACAUACCUCUCCUGCAACUUUCAUUUCCCUCCACUUAUAAAAACUGUCACCAUGUUUUAUAUUCUGUAUCCCCUCUUCACCUUUUACAUACUUUUAUCUCAUUUACAUUUAAAUGUUACUUUGGUAAACUAUUCUUUCACCACAUUGGAAAAUUGAUUGCAAAUGGGAUAUAUGUAUUUAUAUUUUGUUAAUAGAUGUAUUAUAAUUAUUACACUUGUGGAACUAUGCUGUAUGUAUGGUAGGUCACAGAGUUCCCAAGAAACUUAUGAUGUACUGAUAAAUAUAAAAUGUAAAUAUCUUCACAAA